GUAACAAUAUAUUAUUAUUAUUCUUACUUGCCUGACCGGUGUGUUGUUCAUUUAUAAAUCGCGGUCUACGUUUUUUCGUUCGUCCCUCGCCGAGUUAUUCGUCUUUCCUGCUCGGUCUCUCUAAUUGGUUAAUCAUUAUAUAAUUGUAUACAUAUACAGAAUCAAUCAACGUAACAUAUAUACAUAUCUUUCAAUCUACUACAUAAACGCAAAGGAAUAUAAUACAAAUACACAUAAAAAACAUACGACAAACGCACGCGCUGCGCUGGCGAAAAACGCGUUUUAUGUCUAACGCGAAUUGUCGUUACCUGCUUCUUGUCUGCAUACAUCGCCGCGCUGAUACAUCCGGAUCCAGAUCGUCGGUCAACGUUACCGUGCUCAUCCAUCUCCGUUCGCGUGAUCGAUUAAUACGCGAUUAAUCAGUAUCGUUUAAUAAACGUGAAUAUAACGGAAUACGUGAAGAGAGAGCGGAUUAUACCUCGGUGCUGCAUGGGCUACUACCUGCCGGUAGAUGAACAAGUGUCGUCGACGAAUUACCACGGUAGAGCACGUUCUCUGGGUUUGGCCCUCCUCCACGGGCACGGUGUAUCGAUUGCUCUAAAAUAGACGCGUGGGAACACCUGCAGGCUACAUACACAUUCUACCUACAACUCAGACCGUCUCGUUCUCUCUCUAGCCCUCUCUCUCUCUUACUUUCUCUCUGCAUCGGUCUUUCCUGACGCCCUUGCAGCGCGUGACAGGUGCAACGAGAGUAACGGUAGCAGCACCGCGCUGUUAUAGGGCUGGAGGUGGAGGAAGUAGUGACGGUGGAGGUGGAGGUGCAAGCGACGAAGAAGAAACAUAACAGGAAGCGGAAGAAGCGAAACGACGAAAAGGAAGAGAGAGAGAGAGGGUAGAACAGAAGAAAGUAGAACCGACACACAUACAUACGUGCGCGCGCGCGUUUAGAUACGGAAAGGAAAGGAGUAAAGGUGGAGAAGGAGGAAGGAGGCGAAACGCCUGGGUUUCUCGCGAGAAAAGGGUUAUUUCCAGUGAUACGUCCUGGAGGCGCCUGUCGUCUUCGCCGGUACAACCAUAACGCCGCCCGCUUUAAAACGCCCGAGACGGGAUACGGUGGACUCAUCGCCGCCACCCGCUCGAACCGCAGCCCCCGGAAACCCCGGACCAUCCAGCAAACUCGCUUGCAUCAUGGACGCACCGCUCUCACAGAGUAUGGACUCCGUCAACACGGUGGCCACCGGUGAAGACGAGGUGCGCACCUUGUUCGUGAGCGGCUUGCCGAUGGACGCCAAGCCGAGGGAGCUCUAUCUGCUCUUCAGAGCAUACGAGGGGUACGAGGGAUCCCUGUUGAAAGUCACAAGCAAAAAUGGGAAAACAGCGUCGCCGGUGGGUUUCGUGACUUUUCACACGAGGGCCGGUGCAGAGGCGGCGAAACAGGACCUUCAGCAGGGGGUUAGAUUCGAUCCUGAUAUGCCACAAACCAUACGUUUGGAAUUUGCAAAAAGUAACACAAAGGUUAGCAAACCCAAGCAACCAGCCGCUGCAGCAGCCACCUCGCACCCUGCUCUGAUGCACCCUCUAACUGGACGUAAGUAUGCACCGCCACUCGUUCACUCGCUGGAUACGUUCUCACUACUAUUCUCACCCACUGCACUCACUACAACUACAACGUAUCUUCCUCCUUGUUGUUUCUCUCUCUAUCUCUUUUUCUAUUCCACUACCUAUAUGUCUAUCUUAUCUCUUGAAGUGUAUAUUGUUGUUUCUGUUUUCUUUUUGCAGGCGCCCAUGUCUCUGCCGCAUCCCACGACGCUGACGUCGAUACACGCGUCGCUACCCCAUUUCCUACCCUCGCCGGCACUGGCAUCGCCGGUUGGUUCACCCUCGUCCCAACCGAACAUAGCAGUGAGCAACGCGCCCUGUUCCACCCUCUUCGUGGCCAACCUCGGCCAAUUCGUGUCCGAGCACGAGCUCAAGGAUAUCUUCAGCAGUUUUCCUGGUUUCUCCCGGCUUCGUAUGCACACGAAGGGAGGGUCGCCAGUGGCCUUUGUCGAAUAUCAAGACGUUCGCUACGCGGCCCAGGCGAUGGCCACUCUCCAAGGAUCCUUUCUCCUCUCCUCCGACCGGGGAGCAAUACGAAUCGAAUAUGCAAAGUCAAAAAUGGCCGAGGUGGGCUUUACAAAUCUCUGGAUCGAAGGAUCAAAGAGAGAAGAAAACGGGCAACCUUAAGAUCGACAUCAACGGCAUGUAAGAACGAGGGAACGAGGGAACGACCGUGCGUGCUCACACCCCGGAAAUCGGCAAUACGAGGACGGAUGUUGGAACCCGAUUGUUUUCGCGAUCUAUAAAAGAAAGAAAGAAAGAAAGAAAGAAAGAAAAAAAAGAAAGAAAGAAAGAAAGUGUGGAUAAAUUGAAGAUCGGCGUGGAGCGCAUCCGUGUUUCCAGAGCGAGAAAAAUUCGAUUCUCGAGUCCACGCUCGAGAAAUCCACGCUUCUGCGAAGGAAUCGAGGAUCCAAGAUGGCGGCGCGGCAAGUAACCGCGGGAAAUUUGAAACGAUUCGAGCGAUCGGGGGUGGGAUCACGAAGAAGGGGAAAAGGAAAGAAAGCACGUAAGGAAAAAAAAAACGAAGAGAAACUAAAGCAUUUCACGUAUGCGAGAAAGAGAGAGAGAGAGAGAGAGAGAGAGAGAGAGAGAGAGAGACAGAGAGACAGAUACACAGGAAGAAAAUAAGGAUGUGAUAGAUCAGGAAAAUUUCGAGAAACGGGACAAGUCGAAGUGUGUAUGGUUGUUCAGCCUUGUCUCGCGAAAGCAGCACCACAAUGUAGGGAGGAGUUUUAAUCGAGAAGAGGGAAUAGGAAAAAAAUAUAUGAAAAUAGAAAAAAAAUAUAAAAAAAAAGGAAAAAAAAAAAAGAAGAAUUCUUAUAAAAUCGCGCGGAGCAACGGCGUUUUAGAUUCGCGACUCGCGGGGGGCCCAAAAAUAAUCGCGUAUAUAUGAUAUUCCUAGGUAUAUAUAUUUUUUAACGACUUAACUUAUCGAUCUAUUUCGAUUAGCCGUGUACUAUCUUGUCUAUUUAUUUUCCACCGAGUCUUGAUUGCGAUCAACGACGACGACGAAGCGAGAGACACGAAAAAAAAAGAAAAAAAAAAAGAAAAAAAACGUAAAAAAAAGAAAAAACGAAAACAAAAAGAAAAAAAAAUGAAGAAAGGAGAAAGAAAGAUGAGAAAGAAGAGGAGAAUACAUGAAGGAAAGGAUUACACAGACACAUACAUACACACACACAGAUAUACACACGUGUCGAUUGUGAACUCGUCGCGACACCUCGGCGCGAUUUUCACGCGGAGGCGAUAUUGCACGCCGCGAUUUCGACACCAGUGACAUCAUUUUCUUUCGUACUACACCAGCGUCCAAAAGUAGAGAAACACCAAUUACGUUCCCAAUUCGAAAAGAACUUGAAAAAAAAGAGAAAGCGAAAAUUAUUACGGUGCUUUCAAAAUUCUUUGAAGUUAAAAAAAAAAAACAAUAGAAAAUUUAAAAUAACUUUAAUUUAUCUAUAACAUCAAUUUCCAAACUUUUCGAUCGAUAUAAUGUAUAUAUACAUAGAAUUCGAGAAUUUGAAAAAAAAAAAAAAAAAAAGAAAGAAAAAAAUUAUUCCCAGUGCGGAAAAUCCUUUAAAGUUGAGAAAUAAUAGAAAAUUUUGAGAUAUCUAAUUUAUAACUUAUCUAUAACAUCAACUUUUCAAAACUUUUGGUCGAUAGUGUAUAUAACACACGUACACAUACAUACAUAUAUGCAUACAUACAUACAUACAUACAGAGGGAAGAGAAAUAUAAAAGCAGGAGGAGACGGCACUGUUGAAGAAGUCACACGCGCACGCAUAUAACGUAAUACUUGUUCACACGUACACGGAGGAACACACAGAGACCGCAAGUCGCGGAAGAUUCUUUUAGGAAAAUCGAGCCCCGCGCUGUUUUCGAGAGGAGGAAAAAAGGGUAUUGAGAAUAUUUUCGGGGGUCGACACACGUGCGACGAUGAUCUCCCGAAAAGACAGAAGAGUCGUCGUUGGGUAAAAAAGAAAAAAUAUGGUCCUUUUUUAAUCUGUUAACCGGGCUGUUUGUUAGGGGGGAAAAAAAAAAACGAACGAACGAACGAACUAAAUAAUAAAACCGCGAAGCUACUUCGAUUUUUCGAGCUCGUCGAACUGGUUGAGCAGAUGAAUUUCUAUUUUAUGGUGUUUUGGACGAGAGGUGAUAAGUGAUAAGGAAGCGAAGGAAAGUAUAGAGAAAGAAUAUAUAUUUUAGUUUUUUAAGAGGAUAAUGAAAGUGAAAAGUGGCUUAAGCUUAAGAUAGAAGGAAUGAUGAAUGUUUAAUUGUAUAGGGGAAACGAAUAAGUAUUGUUUUAACUCUUUGACUUACGAUAUUCGUCCAUACUUGUGAUAGAUGUUAUUGAUUCUAUUGAAAUAGAAACAAUGUGUCGAAAUAGAGGUAAAUAAGAUUUCGUUUUCAAUUUGUAAACUGGAGGACCACGUUACGUAUUCGUGCGAAAGAGAAACUUUGGAGAAAGAGAGAGAGAGAGAGAAAAGAAAAAAAGAAACAUCCAAAAUGCGAAGGAGACGAAUGCAUAAGUGGUGUGUAAGUAAUUACGUCGAUAUAAAGCAUAAAUAAAUAGUUGAAGAGAAAAAUAAUAUUAAUAAUAAUAAUAAUAAUAAUAAUAAUAAUCGUGAGGCAUGGAGUCGAAGCAAAGUGAUAUGAGAAGAAUAAAAAUGAAAAAAAGAAAAAAAAAAAGAAAAAGAAAAAGUAAGCCGAUUCGCAUUUGAAAGUAUAAACACUUUGAAAGUAUAAACCGAAUUAUAUAUUUCAUAAUUAUACAAAUUUCUAGAAACCGAAUGAUUCCAACUCUGCCCUCCCCGGUUAACAGAUCUUAAAAUCGAUCUUAAAAAUAUCGAAAUUACGAUCUCUCUACGAAACGCUAGAAGAAAAAAAAAAUGACUCUAUGACUAAUGGAUACAACAUUCACGAUGCAUUUGUCAUUUUUCACAUUUCGUAAUCACCGAUUAUGUACUCGAACUGGCGCCCAUUUAAUUCCGGGACAAUUCGACGAAGGCGUUGCCUCUAAGGCACGUAAACUCGCGUGCACCUCUCUCGAUCCACGUGGAUUCGAAUGAAAGAAAAGGAAAAGAAGAGAAAAGAAAAAAAAAAUGCGAAGACAAGCGCGGAGGCUCGUAGACGAAAUUGCAUAAUAUAGAGAUACAAAAGAGACGAAGACGAAUACAUCAAGCUUAAUACCAAAGGUGCCCUAAGAAGCGUGUAUUUAUGUUUUAUCAUUGGCGCGUCGCAAAACGGCGAGCAUAUAUAUAUAUAUAUAAAUAUAUGUAUAUGUACAUGUAUAUAUAUAUAUAUAUAUAUACAUUUAAUUAUGUAUCUUGUUAAGGAGAGAGAGAGUCUAAUAUCCUAGACGAGUGUCUGCAUGUGCGCAUGUGUAUAGCGAUAAACGAAAGUUGUGCAAACGAGAGACGCGCGAAUGAGAUCUAAACGGAGAAAACGUGAAGAAACGAAAGUGAGAUUAGUGAAUGAAUGAUCGAUAGGAGAAAUUAAUGCGUGUUAAUUUACGUAAUAAUAAUCUUAUAUAUAUACAUAACGAAUGCGAACAUAUCAUAGGAUUAAGCAGUAGAGAGGGAAGAAAGUUAAAGUUUUCUCGUAAUAAAGGGGGAAAAGAAAAAAAAAAAAAAAAAAAAAAAAGAAGUAACUUUUAAACGAUCUGUCUUUAGUAGUGGCGCGAAAUAGACAGAGAAAAAUCGAGGAUACCGAAGAUGGUGUGUGCCCUGCGUGCUAGAUACGACGGCCAACUCGGCACGUAAUUUGCCCAAGUGCCUUCCCGUUGGUCGAGUCAUGCUGUAAUUCGUAUAUACCGUGUAUUAUUCGUCUCGUCCCGAUUUCAAACUCGUCGAACUCUCCCCCCUUCUCCCGUGGGAUCCACGUUAUUAUUUAUACACGCGUGCAUGCGUGGCGAUAACGUGGGAUAAUCGCGCAUCGAGUUUGCGUUGAAAAGAAAAGAAGAAAACGGAAAAAAAAAAAAGAUAGGAGGAGAAACAAAGGAGAUGAGUAUAUAUAUAUAUAUAGUCGCAGUCCUGAAAAAAAGAAAAAAAGAAAAAAACAAAAAAUAACUCAAUCCAGGAGACGCUUCUUCAAACUAAACUCUAAAAAAAAAAAAAACUAAUUCCGAAAAGCUGUUCGAGCCUGCCUGAUAGUUUUCUAUCGCCUCGUCGUUUUCUACUUACAACCUUUUCCUCGAAGGACAGAGAGCUGCCGCAUCGACGCGUGUUCCUCUAAUUUAUAAAUAUUUAAUCUCUGCUCGACGAUUAUCCCGUUGAUAGAAUCUACGGUGUGAAUUCUACGGCGUAAGAAGCUAGAAAAGAAGGAGAAGAAAAAUUGUGCAAAAAAAUACACCGAAGAGAAAGAGACAGAGAGAGAGAGAGAGAGAGAGAAAUUCUUCAACGGUGAUCGAAAAAAAGGAAAGAAAAAAUACUUUUCUCAUAGACAGAAAGAAUCGAAUAUUUUUCUCAUAAAUUCCUCGGAUUUCCACGUCAAAUCGAGCGGAUUCUCCGAUAGAGUCGAUCGACAGCUUAUUCUCUCAGAGUUCAAGAGUUCAAUCCUCGUGCUGGUAAAUAAAUAUGAUCCUCAUCGAACAACCACUGGGCAUUUAUUAUACGCAUCCGCAAUUAAUAGUGACGAGUGGUGAUUAAGUGAUUAAGAAUAUAGUAGAGAAUAUGUGUGCCUGUGCGUAUAUGUCAACCGUGUGUGUACGUUGAAAGGCGAGAUAUUGUGACGAAAGGAUAAAAAAAAAAGUAGUGGGUAAAAAGUCAUAUAUCAACAAGAGAAACGGUUAAUUUUACGAUUGAUACGUUCGAAAGACACGUUUCGUCAGCGACAUGUGGCAGUCUCGUCGUAAUUGCCCUCGUCCAUGAGCACGCUCCUUUAUUUUUCUAUUUUCAUGAAAACGUGAGUCGAGAAGGAGAGGAAAACGUGAGUCGAGAAGGAGAGAAAAACGCAGUGAGGGGAAGGAAAACAGAGUGCGCGUUGUGCGCAUCGUUUCGUGCGCACAGGUGGCGAUUAUGUUCUAGGCAUUACAUAGAACUUGUUAGCGUAUUUCUGAAGUUUAUCUUUAUGUGCGAUUAGAUGUGAAUUUCGUUUCUUUUUUUUUUCUUUAAAUAAUUAACUCUUUCAUUGUGGUAUUCUUAAAAGUAAAAAUAUGUUUCGUAAAGUGAAUCGAAGUCUCGUUGCCCGAUCAUCGUUCCUUAUAAACAAAUAUUUCGAUCAAUGAAUCGUGUGUUUUUUAACGUAUUUGUGAACGGUUAACCUCUUUAGGGAUGCCAUAAGACAUCAAACGUAACAUUUCAAAACAAUGAUUAUUGAGUAAAAUAAAAUGUUAUCGAUGUUUCGAGUUUUUAUUAUUAAAAGAUUUUGUAGUGAGGAAUUCUUCGAUAGAACUUAUUUUUUUCUUUUUAUUAUUUAAUUAAAAUAAUUUUAAUUUUAAGAAAAACGUACAUAUAUGUAUCAAUUUCUGAAGAGGUUAUUUAAAUAUCUUUUUGUUCAACAUUUUUCAAUACCAUAUCUAUUGAAAUUUAAAAUUUACUACUAUUGAAUCGAAUAAUUCUUAUUCUAAUUUAAACCAUUCCAAAGUAAGCAUCAUCACAUUCACGACCAAAUUUUCUUCUUUUCUCAACUCCUCAAUUCACGUGGUGUGUCGUUGUUUAAAGAUUCAAGUGAAACGAAAGCAGACUUCUUACUAUCUUUCUUGCCGUGAAACAAAAAUCCGUGUGACCUGAAAGAGGAAGUUGGUCGGUCUGUUUCCGGGGAACUGGACCGUCACGAAAUUCAGAGCGAGACGAGAUGUCCCUUGACGAUGAAAAGCGGUAAACUCGGCUCGUCGGGCAACGAGAUCUCGUUUUCGAAAGAAGUGUGUCACCGAUCGCGAGGCAUACACGAUGAAUGUGGAACGAUUUUUGCAAUAUCGGCUCGAGCCGAUUGUAAAAAUUUUCAACGAUUGACCGCGAGAUUGGUUUUAAUUUAAUAAGAAAGAAAGAAAAAAAGAAAGAAGAAAGUAUGUCGCUGAAUAGAAGAUGAAAGAAGAUAAACGUAUAGAGGAAGAGAAAGAGAGAGAGAGAGAGAAAGAGACAAAGAAACGGAGGUAAGACGAGAUUUCAGGGUUGUCACUCUUCUGAUACAUAUCGUUAGAUUGUUAAGGGCUUGCCGAGCAGGCUAUUUGAAAGUAGAUAAUUAUCUUGGAAGGCGUUUGGAGUCGUCUAUCCUAAAGAAGAUCGAUCGAAACUUGAUUCUUCAAUUCAAAAUUUUACGAGAAAUUGAGAUUCUCGAAAUUUAAACAAUAGUAAAAAAAUUUGUUUUAUUCUUUGAUUCAUAUGAACUAUAGUGAUUCCUCACAACAUUUUUUAAAUAAAAAUUAUUCUGUAUUUAAGUUUCGAAAGUUUAAAAAAAUUACGAAGUUUUUAAGUUUCGAUUACAUUCCCAUUUUUAUUAAAAAUAAAAUUAAAAUCUUUGCCUUUAUGAAAGAAAGAAAAUAAUUCGAUAGAAGACGGGUUAAUCCUUUCUUGCAACAAAUACAUGUUUUUAAUAUUUUUAUUACAAGUAUAAUAAUAAAAGAAAUAAAGAGAUUCAUAGAUAAAUCAACAAAAUUUUUUCACAGAAGAAAUUUAAUUUUUAUGCACAAAUCAAUUCUCUAUUUAUUAAAAGAUUAAUUAAUGCACCAUAUAUAUCACUUAAGAUAAAUCUUUAUCAAUUCUAAAAUAUAAAAAAAAAAAUUAAUAUAAUUCUUUUAAAAAGAGAUCUCAGAAUUUCACGAACAAUUAUCCUAAAAAAUAAGAAUCCUCUCGAAAUCGGACAAAAAUCGACUCUUAAUAGGAUGAUGACUUUGAUAAACGCUUUCCAAUUGAUCGUUAGUAUAAAUAAAAAAAUUAAAAAAAAAAAAAAGAAUAAAAAUAAAAGUGUGUAAAUUCCGCUUGAAUCCGUGAACAUGUCGAUCCACGAACAUAUCACCGAAUUUCUGACUCGUUAGAGUAUCGUAAUAUUCGUCAUAGAUGGUGACUGAAUAAAUUUUUUUUCCUCGUAUAAGUCGAUAUAUAGAGAAUAAAAAUUUUAUCGAACUCCUCGGAUCCUCUCUUAAGUGUGUCUUGGACUGUACGUAUAGGUAUAAUAUAUAUAUACACACAUAUAUAUUUAUUAAAAAAAAAGGGGGGGUGGGAAUUGUUUGUACACACAUUGAUAACAGAGAGACGUGGUUUCGAAGGAAAAGAAAAGUUAGGUCAAUUCAACGUUCCCUUCUUGAAGAGUCGCGAUUUUUUGAAGAGAGUAAAACAAAAGGUGUACACAUCUGUGUGUGAUCUUCGAAAACGGCGGAAAGUAUAGCCUAAAUUGUAAAACCCAUGCGAGGCCUUACAUUUGCGAAUUCGGAGAGAGCGACGACGAAAAAUGAGAGAAAAAAAAUAACGAAACGAUUUAUUUGCAACAAUUAUUUAUUCGCUAGUUUGAUGAUCCUUGAUAAAUUGAUUUGUUCUUUUGAUACAAAAAAAAAAAAGAAGAAGAACCAAUGAAAAAAAUGGAAAAUCGAAUUCCUCGAUUCCUGAGAAAUCUUUUUCUAAAAUAUUCUUCGUCUUCUUCUUCGACUUUUUAUUUUUUUUUCGCCGUCACCGAUCUUUUUUUUUUUUUCGAAUCUUCAUCAGAUUUCAUUAGAUCCGCAGAUUAUUAUCCAAUCGAGCGUAUAUAUAUUCUAACUAAAUCGUGAACCGUGACUACCGUGACGCGAAGAGAAGGAAGGAAAAAAAAAAAUAAAAAAAAAAAAAAAAAAAGGAAACGAAGGCUCUCGAAUGCCUUUCCCAGGGCAACGUAUUCGCUUGACCUUAACGUAACAUAUCAUUUUACAAUAUAAAAACAAUAGUUGUACUGCCCAAGGUAGAGAUAGAAUGGACGUGUUUGCUGCGCAUGCGUGUAUUCUAAAUGUAUAAUCGUACAGUGUGAUUGUGUUUAAAAGCGAGACAAUUUCUAGCUAAUUUAGACCGACUCGAUCGCGAAUUCUAUCGAUUCGGUCCCCGUGCAAAAAGAGUGUAUACAACGCGUGAAACGUGACGUGAAUAAAAAAAAGGAAGGGAAGAAAGAAAGAAGGAAAGAAAAAAAAGAAAGAGAGAAACCAGAAAAAAGGAAAUGAAUAUAUAUGAUAAUAUCGAGCGUAUCGAUCGUUAUUAUCGCGCGCCGACACGAUUUUUCUUAUUCGAUAAAUUUUCAUUCGAAAAGCUCACUCGAUUUGAAUCGAACGAAAAAAGGGAAAAAGAAAAGAGAAAGAAAAAGAGAGAGAGAAAAAUAUGUCGCGACGAUAACACGCCUCGUGAGGGAAAUAUCGUGGCGAUGAAAAAAAAAAAUAAAAAAAAAGAAUAAUCCUUCGGCACUCGCGGCCAAGCUUUUUGCUACUUUUGUAUGAAAACGACGAUAAAAAAAAAGAUAAUAUUUACACCGAUGAAGCUGAAAGGAGACCAAAGGAAAAAAGGAAACGAAGGAAAAUCGGAAAGGGAAAUAUAAAAACGAGGAAGGAAUGGAUGGAUGUUCAGAAGCGUGCUCGUAGUCGCGAUUGUGGCGACACGAUUUUUCGAUCCGACCCCAGCUACUUUACACGUAUCGCUUGCUCCAUCUAUUUAAUUACUCAACACCUUCGUCGCGUUCCAUCGGUUCGUUUUUCGACUCUAUUCCUCUUCUCGACGAGAAUCUUGAAUCCGUUGAAAGUGGAUCGCGGACGAAGUUAUUGAAAUUAUAAUCGAAGCGUAAUUACAACUUAUAAUUAAAUUUUUUUUCAACUCGAGAGCAUGAUUUUUUUAUCGAAAUUCUGUAGAGAGUACGUUUUUGAGAAAACUAUCAUCUCUAACUAUCAUUCGAAAAACACUGCUGAUACUUUCAUCAUCGUAUGUUAUUCUAAUCUCUAUAAUCGAUCUGAUAAGUCCAAAAAAAAAAAAAACGAAUCGAUGGAAUCGUGAUCGACCUCGUCGCCGACAAAAGACAACGAGAGAGAACUAAAGGAAAGUAGGGCAAGAGAGGAACGCAACGCGGAAUGUUCACGCGGCGAGAAUUAGCGAAUCAUAAAAUGAAGAAAAGAAUCGACGUUUUGUUUCUCCAACCAAUUGUAUAUAUUCUUUCCUCGUAUCCUCGUACAAUUGGAAUCCGCCAUGCAAUUAUUAAAAUUUCUAUCAUAAUUACGUAUCCAAGAGAAAGAAUAAUGUUGCAUAAAUCUUUUUUUUUUUUUGAACGAAACGAUUGAAACGAAGAUUAAUGAAAUAAAAAAAAAAAAGGAAAAAAAAAUUAGGUACAACGAAAAAUUACGAAUAGAAAAAAAAACUGUAAAGAAAUUAGAGAGUAAGAAGAAGAAGAAAAAAAAAAAAAUAGAAAAGUCGAUUCUGAGCGUAUCGAUGCGAUUGAUCGAUUUAUAAUGGAAAUUAUUGGUAAUAAGAGUUCGCUCGCUCGCGAUGAAUCGUUUCGAUCGAAUCUAAAAAGUGCUUUACACAAAUGAACUAAGGAAAACUCAUAUCAGUAGGCAGUAUAACGCUACUAUACAAUUUACAAUUAAUAGAGAAUGGCAUUUCACGUAAGGAUUAGUAGAAAUCGAUAUAAAUAUGAAAAGUAUAUAUAUAUAUAUAUACAGAUAGCUCUAUAUAUAUAUAUAUAUUAAAGUAAAUGAGACGAAUAUAUAUAUAUAUAUGCAUGUCUGUGCGUAUGUGUGUGUGUGUGUAUCACGAGUAAACGAGGAACGACGAAAUAGAAAAAAAAAAAGGGAGGGAGUGAAAAAUAAAGAGGAGAAGAAAAGAAAAGGGAAAAAAAAAAAUGAAAAUAGAAAGUACGUAAAUUAACAAAAGUGAUGAAUCAGAUAUUUUGUACCGUGAACACUAGAGAGAACAUUAUUCUAACCGAAUCCUUUUUCGUUUCUUUUUUACAAUACAUACGUAUAUAUGUAUAUAACAGAUAACGUAUAUCUUAUACACACGCGAAAAAGAAAAAAAAAAAAAAAGCAACACGCAAUAUAGAUCACGAGGAAGCACCUGAACGAGACUGAUCUGUGCGAUCGAGAGCUUAUAUAGAUCCUGGAUCACGAUUUUUCACGCACGAAGGAAACGAGACAUCAAACGACCGAAAAAUAUAUAGAUGAAAUAUACUCUGGUGGUAAUCGUGGUAAUCGAUGGUAUAUUCACCUAUCAUCUAUCAUUUUCUCUCGACGAGGAUGCGAUCUCGUCCUAACAAUGCGGGAUUAUAAUAUACAAGAGACUCAAAAGUUUAUUUAAAGUUAGGAGAAGGAAAAAAAUCACGAACGAAGCGAGAAUCACUUUUCGCGAGACGAAUUGAGUGCAUUACGUUAUGCUUCGGAAUGAAACGCAUAAGGAGAGAGCAAAAAUCGAGGGAGAAAAUGAAAGGGGAAAAAGAUUGCUUGAUCGUUCGUUUAAUCGUCGAAGCAAUCGAGGAAACGGAGUCGAAUCGAAUCUUAACGAAUUUUAACGUUAACGAUGUAUCGUCCGAAAUGACCUUCCCCCCCCUCCCUCCCCCUCCUAUGAACUCUACGAGGAUUAAAGAAAACGAGGACACGAUUGAGACGAACGAAUCACCAAAGAUAUCGAUAAUAUAUCUGUCCAAAGAUCGCCAAGGGGCGAUUUCGAUCGACAUCGUGUCAUCAUUGCGACGCGAUGUUGUCACGCGAAUUAAAAUUAUCGAUCGAGCUCUGCGCGAACCGUGUGUUGUGAUAUAGUCGAUGCUAUACUCGAUACGAUCAGAAUCUGAAAAAAACAUGUCUCUGCGCAAGACGUGUGCGCAGAAGUACGAAGUACGAGAAUGGAAGGUAACACGAGGGGCAGGGGGGGAAAAGAAGAGAUCGUGCGAUAUAUAUACAUAUACAGAUUGAUGAAAGUAGAGGAAACGAAGAACCUGCCACAUUAUUAGACACGAUUAAUUAAAAUAGAUUCCCGAAUCCGUCCUAACGAGACGACGCUGAAAAUCCACGAAAAUCUCUACACGCCUUGCGUUGCGCAUCAGCAUUAGUUUGAAGGAAAAUAUAGGCCAGUCUCGAAACGGUAUUUUUUUUUUUUUCCAAGCAAGCCGAGAAAAUUAUUUUUGAUCGCGCGAACCUCGCUCUCUGUCCACGAUAUUAUAUCUCGAGAGGGGACGACACCGUUCAGAUUGAAGCGAAACGUGUCCAUGGGGAGGCCUUUCGAGCUUGGUGUCGAGCUAACGAGUUUCCACCGUUUUGUUCCACGUAAAUCGCUAACACGAACUUACACGCCUUGUAGAUGGUAAAAAUUCGAGAAGAUGGUGAAAAAAAAGAAAAAAGCUUUUAAACUCUAUGUACAUCGUCUGUUAUAUUAAAUUUUGAAAGGUUCAAAAUGUUGAGGAGAAAAAUUGAAAAAAGUUUGGAAUAGAGAGUUGAUCACGAUGACACGCGAUUUUUCAGGAGUUCCCAGUUUCGGAAGAGAAGGAAAGGAAGAGUGUUGUUGAUGGAAGAAGUAUAGAACAGUCGUGAAAUAGUUGUGUUCGUUCAAGAUUUCAUUAAAGAUUUUUUUUUUUUUUAAAUUCUCUUGAAAAAUUUUGUAUCAUCGUUUCGUUCUAUUUCACGUAUGGAAAGGAAGGUUAAAGUUACUUAAUCUCAACUGCGUUUCUAUUUUUUGGAAUAUCUUCGUUUCGAAUUUUAAUACACGACCACGCUAUUCUUCUUCCUAUACUCGAUUAGAUUGCAAGGAACGUCGAAAUAAAAGUGAUAAGAACGCGAAAAUCUCGCGACCACGUACAAUAAGACAUAUCAUUUUUCUAAUAUAUAUAUAUAUAUAUUCGGACGACGUAGAUUCUCGUCUAAAUAGAAUAAAAAGAGAGAGAGAGAGAAAGAGAAGAAAGAAAGUGAGAGAGGCUUCUCGAAAAUUUUCGAAAAUUGUCUUCGAUCGACCGCGAUCUACCUUACCGACUAUUGUUUUCGAUCUUACUAUCGUUGAAAGUAAAGUAGUAGGGGAGGGGGGAUAAAUAAGAAAGAAUAAGAAAAGAAUAAAAAAAAAAAAAAAGUCGUGGUGAGUCCAUACAUUCCGAAAGUAUAAUUACGACACAUUAAAUUAGGGACCGUAGCUAUUGUGUAUAAGUAUUCGCAGAAAUUUUUUUAGGCUCGUCGGUUAUAAUUUAAAACGCUAUAUUUAUUAUACAUUAUUACGAAAGAUUUCAAAGUGUUAAAGCUAACACGUAACAUGUUUUAAUCUGUAUAGGAUACAAAUGUCGCCGUGAUGUUUUUCUCGUCGAUUUUUCGAACGUUUCGCGAUUCAAACGUGUGAUCGUAGAUUAUUCGAUCGUAGUUGUUAUUCGAAAAACGGAUUUAAAGAUAAAAAUCGCGUGCGCUUCUUUCCGUACUAUGUGUUUUAGUUAUUACACAGUCCGUCUGGUGAUGCUUGGCGUAGAUUAGCGGAAGUGACGUUGCGUCAAAGUAAUUUUUAUCCCUCGAUUGAUAGGGCAGAGUCGUUUAAAUCGUAUUACAUUUAUACCGUAUAUAUAUACUAUUCAAUUUUUCUCGAUUUGUAUCAAGUAUAUUAUACACGCAAAAUUUGUAAUUUUAUUAAUCUCUAAUGUAAUUUUUUCGAGAUAUACAAAAAAUCGAUACUUGAUCGACUUUGUUCUAUCAGUUAGAUAUAGUAACAAGUACACUGCUCAAGAUAAUUCAACCUUUUUUUUUAUUCGAAUAAUUAAAAAAAAUGCACUAACUAACAAUUGGAUAUUUUUCAUAUCUCGUAUAAAAUACGAAGAUAUCUUUUUUUUUCUCGUAAAUGGAUAACCAGACCAUAAACCAUAAUUGCAUCUAUCCGACCUUGUUUCCGAGUUCUCUAACCAUUUUUUGCGUUAACUACACAAUUGGAAUCACCACGCUCCGUAUCUUAUGCGUGGUAUCGUUGCCUAUAAACGCUUUCAUAAUUUUCUAUGAGUCAUUCCAACGUAAUUUCGUACCGACACGAACCGAUCCGAUUUAAAGAAAAUUUUUUAACGAAACUUGUUUCAAAAGACAAGUGAAAAAAAAGAAAGAAAAAAAUUUUAUUCGUAAUUAGACGAAUUGAAUUGUAUUGAAUAUUUAUAUACACUUUCUUCUUAAUUAACAAACAACACUUUUCGUCGUGUUGUGUUGUUCGCGAUAUAUUUUUGACCAAAUAUGUAUGUAUCUUUUAUCGAGCAGUGUAUUUCGCCCUUGAGAUUGAGAUUUUCAGAAGAAGAAAAAAAAAAGGAAAGAAAGAAAGAAAGAAAAAAUCUCUCGAACGAUACACGAAUGUUCCAUCCUCCGUUCAUUCCCGCGGAUUCGAUUCCGCAAUAUGUGAAAAUAGUCAAUUCGUGGUAAUUUAAUUAACGAAAAGAGAACAAUUUCUAUGAGAAGAAAUUGUCCCGUCAAUAUCGAUCUCGACAUUGAUUUAAAUCGAUCGAUCGAGAUUCUUCGAAUGAUUAAAAAAAAAAAAAAAAAAAAAAAAUUAGGAAAUUCAAAAAACGACUGCUUCGACGGCAUUAUAUAUAUAUAUAUAUAUAUAAAAUAUAUAUGUAUACUAGAUAUUAUAUUCAAAGAAAUUUCAUUCUAGCUAUCAGAUGUUCUUUGCACAUAGGUACCUGAACGGUUCGACUAUUUAUAUUAAUUUGUCAAGGCUGCGUAAACAAUCCCAAAGAAUGAAAGAUGCUAUUUUACGUGCUCGUGGUGGUGAUUUUCGAUAUAUAAGCUCUUAAGCAACGUGAUCAACGUUGAUGGAACACCGAUUCACGAAAGUAUCAUCGUAUUCAAGUGUUAAGCUAUCUUGUCAUUUUUAUUAUUACGAAAGAUAAUUAAUUAAAAUAUUUCAAAAUAUUUGCCGCUUCGAAGAGGAUUUUAAAAAGAGAUUUGUUAAAAAUCCUAGAUAUGCGUUCGAAUAGGGAAAUCGUCGAUUAUUUUUUUUUUCUCUCGUAAAAUCGUUCAAUUCGAUAAAAAAAAAAUAUUUAAAUUUUACUCGUUGAGGAUUCUAUCUCGAGAAAAAAAGGAUCCCUAAAAAGGAUCCUCAAAUACAUUUGAACAAAGAAAUCACUCAAACAACAAAGAAUCUCUGUAAACGAUAAAGAAGAUCUCAGAUGAGGAGAACCUUUGUCAAUUCAAUUAAAGGAUCAUUGAUAGAAAAUUUGAAAAAAAAAAAAAAAAAAAAAAAAAANAAAAAAAAAAAAAAAAAAAAAAAAAAACUGAAUUUCUGAGAAAUAUUUGACACGGAUCAGAAAAAAAUCUGUGGGGUAAAAAUCUUUUUUCACAAAGGAUCUCGAUGUACAAUCUCUGGUCUUGUAAUAUAAUAUAACGUGUCUAUGUAUAAAAAUUUUUUUUCUAGAAAAAAAAAUAAAAAAAAAACAGGAAAAUCACACGGUAAAGAAUCUGAAGAAUCUUUCCUAUGAGGAAGAGGAAAAAAAAAAAAAANAAGAAAAAAGAGGAAACAUGUUAAAGUAAAUUGCGUAAUAAAACGGUAAACAAAGUCGCUAUUGUUAUUCAUUAAUUAGGCAUAAAUCGAAUAAUUACACGAAAAAAAAAAAAGAACGGCCACGAUGAGUCAACGAGAUCGUUUUCUGUGGACAUUGAUUCUGACUAAUUAGGAUUAAAGAGGUGGUUAUCGACGACGGCUCCAUACCGUCCAUAAGCCUCGAUCGACAGGAUCGAUUAACAACGAUGACUACGAUGUUUUGAACAAUGAAAUUGAGGAGAAUUCGCAUCGUGAAAAAAAAAGAAAGAAAGAAAGAAAGAAAGAAAGGGAAAAAAAGGAGAUAAUAGCAGAGAAACAUCGCAUACGAGAGAGAAUAAUAAAUAUAAUAGCACUGAUUUAACAGCGCACUCGAGAAUGUGUGUGAGAACAAUGAAUGCAAGAAUUUCGAGAUUUAGUUGCUUGUUUAAAAUAUUUAUCAUAAUAUUCGUGAUAAAUUAUUAUUAGGGUCGAAGCAGAUGGAGGUUGUAAAAAAAACGCAAGAAAAAUUGCGUGAAAUUAGUGGAAUUGGUGUCUACGUGUCGAACGACGUUUUGUUUUGUUUUUUUCUUUUUUUUUAAUAUGGAUGCAUUUUUUUCGUUAAAAAAACCGAGUUAUUUUAUCAUUUUAUUUAAACAAAUUAAUUUAAACUCUUAGAUUCUUGCUUAAAUUAAUGCCUCACGGUUGUACAGAGGAUGAUGGUCGAUUAAGAUUUGUUCAACGAGGCAGAUUUUAAUAGAUUUUAAAAUAUCUUUUCUUCAAUUGUAAUUCUUCGGUUCAAGAAAUUUAUUAAAAAGAAAAGGAAAAAAGAAUCAGGGGCCAUUUUGCACAAUUAGAACGUUUCGCAACAAUGUUUUCGCAAGAUAGAACGAUAAAAAGCUCUACUUUUCUUCUACUAAUUUACCGCUAAUUAUCUACCAUCCUCUUAUGAAUCGCAAUGAACGCGAUUUCAAAUCGCUAUUGCGUGUUAAAGAUCGUUUAACGUUCGACUUCUUGGCGCGAAACCAAAUUAUUCACGUAAGAAAAAUGAUUAACGAUGAAAAAAAGUUAAAAAAAAAUACGAAAAAUUUCUUAAUAAGGAAUUAGAAAUCCAAAAAAUAAAAAAUUGAAAUAACAUUGACAUUGGUGAUCUAGUCCUUGCUUUGCUAUCGAUGUCUUAUUCGAUUAAUAUUCUCUUAAUAUCGAUGAAAAUACAAAAGAAAAAAAUAAAAUCUACAUUUUAACCUUUAAACCUUUUGGAUCGUUAUAAAAUAAUUAAUUUAUCUUUUUUUUUUUGUUCAACUAUUUUUUUUUUAACAAUCCGUUAAAUUGACAUAAUAACAUAGAAUUUUGAUAGUAAAAUUAUUUCUGUAGAAUUGAGUAACGGAGAUCGUAUAUUAUGACUCAUGCUCGGCUGCCUGUUGAACGUAUAAGGAUUGAAUUAAAAAAAAAAUUAUUACAAUGUUAAAUUAUCCAAAAGAUCGUAGAUCUAGUAUUAUAAAAUAUUUUUUUUAAUUUACAUUUAAAUAUUAGUUGUCGCAUAUGCGAUAAGAAAUUUUCACAUAAAAAAAAAAAAAGAAGGAACGAAUUUUCAUAUAUUUGUUUUUAAUAUCGUGGUAUAAUAGCAAGUUUGGAAACUAUUGUCCAAUAGUAUAGAAUUUAAUCUCGUUUUUUUUUUCUAAUUUAUUUAUUGAUUAUUUAUAAUUUUCAUGAUUUUGCAAAGACCAAAGACAAGAUACCUGUUGUAAUAAUAACGCGUAUUUAAACGGAAAUUAUUUAUUUAUGAAAAAGAAAAUUUCAUUGUUGUUCGUGUAUCUAUCAAACGUCGUUCAUUCGAGUAGACACCUAUCAAUUUGUAUCUGUAAAAAUCUGUAUAUGUUAUUGUACGUAGUAGCAUCUACACUAUUUGACCGUAUAUAAGGGGAAAGCUAAUCGCGUAGCAUUGUCCAUGCAUUUAUUUGCCUGUUAGUUUUCUGUUUUCAGACCUAGCAUCGAAAUACGUAUGUAAUUCUAAUAAUAGUAUAAUAAAGGAAAGAAAAUGGGAUAAAGGAUACGGAAUAUUUCGAUGACAGAGAAAAUUUCAGGGUCUGUAUAUAGUAAUCUCUAUCGUUCAAGCUUUAUGUAUGCAUUCAUUAUAUGCAUGUGGAUAGAUAAUUAAAUAUUUAAAUAUUUCGAAUUUUCGAUUCGAACAAUUUUAUCGAAAAUCGAAUAUUCGAAUAAACUUGCUCGAUUUAUUUGGAACAAAACGAUGAGCUCAAAUAUUAUCGAAUAAAAAAUUGUAUAUUAUUCGAUAAUUUUCGGAUAUUUACACGAUUUUAUAAAAAAUUAAUCGUUAUAACUUAUUACAUGUAAAUUAAAAUAUUUUUUCUUUCUUUUAUUUUAUUUCUAUUCAUUGACAAAAUGUAGGGGAAAAAUUUAAAAAAGUUUAAAUGUAUCGUUCGGAUUCGAAUAAAUCGAGAUUAUUUAAAUACUAUUAUAAUUGAAAUAGAGAUGAAUUUUUGAUCAUGGUUAUUCGAUUGAUCGAACAAUUUGAAGUAUUAUAUAUAGCCGAAUAAUAAUUGAUUAUUCGUUAUUAGUUCGAUAAAUCGAGUUUUCGACUCGAAACGAAUUGAAAGUAAUUUUAUUCGAAUAGAAUUUCGAUUCUUUUCGAAUUUCGAAUUUCGAAAUCGAUACAAUUCGAUAAAAUGUGUUUCAAUCGACUUCGAGUAAUCGAAUAAACUUUGAGCGCUCUCGAGCCUCAAGUGUUUGAACUUUCAACGCAAUGUGUAAUACUCCACUGAUAUAUGUACAAUCCUUGAUUAUUUAAACUUAACAUUUAAAAUUUUUCACGAGACUUUCACACUGUCGAAUAGUGAAAUGAAUAUAGGAAAAAUAAAUCAUCAGAAGAAGAAGUGAGGAAUCGAGCGGAAAAAUAAUUUAAGAAUAAAUUUAAAUUUAA